AUGACUUUCAAAGCUUUCAUUUUGCUGGGCCUUCUUGUGCUUGGCUCUGUUGUUCUCAUCUCUUCCACUGUUGCAGCUGAGACAUCCAAAGAUGAGAAGAAAGUGGAUGAGGCACGGGAAGCGAACCCUGUAGAUGACGCAAAACCAUAUUGCGGGUGUUGCACUCGUUAUGGCUACUAUAGAUGCGGCCCACAAUGUUGUCGGCAACCUGAAGCUGAUGAUCAGCCUCAAGAAGUAGGCGACAGCCUUCAAACGAAGCAGCCUGACGGAUAUGGAUAUGGCGGUGGCGGCUACGGAGGAGGCCGUGGUGGCGGCUAUGGAGGAGCAGGCCAUGGAGGCGGCGGCUAUGGAGGAGGAGGGGGCCAUGGUGGUGGCUAUGGAGGAGGACACCAUGGAGGCGGCGGCUAUGGAGGAGGUGGCCGCGGGAGAGGUGGUGGAGGCGGCGGCUAUGGCCGAGGCGGUGGCGGUGGAGGAGGAAACUGA